CCAGUGCGGAGUUCGGUGGUGCCGGCAAUAGCCUCCAUUGUGGAGGACCCAUUAUCACCAGUAGUAACAGCCCAGGUGGUGCCAAGUGGUGCCAGGUGGUGACAGGUGGUGGCACUCGUGGUGAGACAUUUUCUUGCAGGGUGAUGGACGGAAGGGCUGCCGCAUCCAGUACCAGCUCCUGCGCGGCCUCAACAUGCCCAGUCAGUUUAUGUGGAGAAAAAUGUGGGGUGCAUAUAUCUAUUUCCUCCAGCUCCCCCUCCCUGCAUAGUGUCCGGAUGUUCUCUCUGAUUUGGCCUAUAGUUUUUCUCAGAACAUGCGUGCCCGAUAUUGUGUCAGGAUGCCCCACACACCUGCAAUGCAAUUCGUGGAAAACAAUCUGAUUCUUUAGCGAUCGUCGUAAAUGGCUUCGUGUUUCGUCGAUAUAAAUAUGCCCCAUAUCCGCUCCAGUUUCAUCCUCAUCUUCAGCUUCAUCUCCAUCCACAUCUUCUACAAUGGCUGAUAACAAAGAAACAAGCGAAAUUCGCCAGGACUCCAUCGCUCUGGACGACAGAUUGAUCCACGAAGGGAUCGAUGAGUUAGUCAAGCUCGACAAGAGCUGGUGGAAGUACUCUUACUUGAGAAACUUGCACUGGUUUGUCUUCCUCAUCACCUUGACCUCCACCAACAACGGUUACGAUGGUAGUAUGCUUAACGGUUUGCAAUCGUUGUCCACCUGGCAAAAGGCCAUGGGCCAUCCCAAGGGCCAGAAGUUGGGUGCUUUGAGUAACGGUGCCCUUUACGGUAACUUGGUGUCUUUCCUCUUCGCUUCCUACGUCUCCGACAAGUUCGGUAGAAAGUGGUGUAUCAUGGGUGGUAACUUCCUUACUCUUGUCGGUGCUGUCUUGCAAGGUGCUUCCACCAACUACGCCUUCUUCUUGGUUUCCAGAAUCAUUCUUGGUUUCGGUUCCGGUAUUGCUACUGUUUCCUCCCCACCACUUAUUUCUGAGAUUGCUUACCCAACCUACAGACCAGUCUGUACCACCUUCUACAACGUCUGUUGGUACUUGGGUGCUUUGGUCGCUGCCUGGGUCACUUACGGUACCAGAACUUUGGGUGACGAAUACGCCUGGAAGAUCCCAUCCUACUUGCAAGGUUUCAUGCCAGUUUUCCAAAUUGCUUUCAUGUACUGGGUCCCAGAAUCUCCAAGAUGGUUGAUUUCCAAGGGUAAGAACGACAAGGCUCAAGAAGUGUUGGCUAGAAUCCACACCGGUAACGCCACUGACGAGAAAUCCAGAAAGUUGGUCGCCUUUGAAAUGCAAGAAAUUCAAUCCACCUUGGAAAUGGAAAAGAUCAUGGCCACCUCUAGAUACGUCGACUUCAUCACCAUCAAGUCCUACAGAAAGAGAAUCUUCUUGGCUAUCUUCACUGGUAUUAUGAUGCAGUUGUCUGGUAACGGUUUGGUUUCCUACUACUUGAACUUGGUUUUGAACUCCAUUGGUAUCAGAGGUGAAAAGGAACAAUUGCAAAUUAACGGUGGUUUGAUGGCUUACAACUUGGUUGUCUCCUGUAUCAUUGCUGCCUCCGUUGCUAGAUUCAGAAGAAGAACCUUGUUCUUGACCUGUGUCAGUGGUAUGCUUAUUACCUACAUCCUCUGGACUAUCUUAUCUGCCCUCAACCAACAAAGAAACUUCGAAGACAAGUCUUUCGCUAAUGGUGUUUUGGCUAUGAUCUUCUUGUACUACUUGUCCUACAACAUUGGUAUCAACGGUUUGCCAUUCUUAUACGUUACUGAAAUCUUGCCAUACAGUCACCGUGCCAAGGGUAUCAACAUUUUCCAACUUACCCAACAACUUGUCUCCGUCUACAACGGUUACGUCAACCCAAUUGCUAUGGAUGCUAUCCAAUGGAAGUACUACAUUGUCUACUGUUGUAUUCUUGUGGUCGAAUUGCUCGUUGUCUACUUCUUCUACGUCGAAACUUCUGGUUACACCUUGGAAGAAGUUGCUAAGGUCUUCGGUGACGACCCUAACGAAGUGCUCAUGCCGCUCCACUCCCCAUCUGGUAAGUUCCACUCUAAUCACCAUGAAAAUGAGAACAGUGAUAUUUCCAGUGAAAAGAUCGCCAUGGUUGGUUCAAAGGUUUAAGCUAGCAGUGCUGGCUAAACCCUCGAACUCUCGAAGAAUAAUUCUUAGAGUGUUCCCUUUGGAACGAAAUAUUCGAACUCCAUGAAAGCGAAGUUAAACAAUUCACUUCUUCGAAUCUAAUUUGGAACUUUUUAGUAUCAUCUAUACGUCUAGUUAAUUGAUCAAUA